AUGCUAUGCGAAGAACAGCUGCUCGAGCUGCUCUGGGGCGAAGCAAAGCAGCAGUCGCACAAUGCAGCAACCCUGACACAUAACAUUGGUGUGGCCUUCCGAUAUCUCGAGACGCCUUGGGAUGACAAGGCGAAACAAAUCAUCGGUGCGCUCAUUACACUGAAUGCUGGCUCAAUGCACACCACCAUCUGGGCUGCCCUCUUUCAGCAGCUGCGUGAAACAGACAAGCUCACCAUCAAGGUAUACAUUCUCAAACAAUUUGCCAACAUCUGUUGGACUGUUCCCACUACUCAAGCCGAGAAUGCUUUUCGUGCAUUUGCCAUUGAAGUGCGUCCAAUGCUGGCGGACAUUCAAGUUGUCGUUAAUGCCACGUUUCAAAAGUCUUUUAUCAUCACCAUCAAAUUCUUUAGAUCCUUUGCUGAGAAAAGGCUCUCCAGUGAGCUCUUUGACACGCUUUACCGAGACCUGACAGAGUGGAAACGGUCAGAUGGUCUCCGAGCGGCGGCCAGUGUCAUUGCAAUCAUGGCAGAUGAAAACCCGGGCUGCCCACCUCCAGAGCAGCUUCUCUUCCAAGCACGACAUGAGUUAGAGUGUUUCACUCUUGCAAUACUACUCGACGCCCUCGUGUCUUUGGAGGUUGCCCCUGGUCGCAUUUUGGACAAGCAACGCAUUGCUGCAUUUUGCGACGAACUGGACGGUAUAAUCGAGAAAAUUCUUGCGGCGCCGCAGCUCAAUGAAAAAGUUGUUCCACCCUGUGUCAGUGCGUACCGACGACUGAAGCAGGUCCGGCACUCGUGGGAACCCGCAGCUGUUAAGCCUUUUACGCAUCUUAUUCUUAAUGCACUUGCUCAAACGAAGACAAACAAGCUUCUCUUCUGCCCAUUUUUACAUUUUCUGCAAGAAACCUCGUAUAGUGGGUGGCAGAGCUCGAACAUUCUGUGGCUCCUGACGGAUAGCGGUGACCCAUUCGUGCGUGCCGAUGCCUACGCAGCACUGGCAACCACUAUACGUGUCAUAGAUGCUUCAGAGCAGCGCCUGUUGUUAGCCGACCUGAUUGAAAAACUGCGUUUUUCAAUCGAAGAGCAGUGCAGCUGCACGACUGUCGCUAUCCUUAAAUUUGUGAAGAGGUUGUUGUUGCACACACAUUUUCCGCCCACCACAGAGGAGCUCUACCUUCUAAAGUUGCUACACUUGUGUCGCCGUCACGGAAAAGGCCUACAUCACGACGUGCCGGCGCAACUUGAACUGCUCAAUCUCUUUCUCUGUGUAAAUGUUGCAUCGGACUCACUGGUGGUGUUUGCACGAGAGCUGUUUUUGGUAUCACCUCAUCGCAUGGUUGCAGAAAGGGCCUUUUAUGUGCUUUGCCGUUUCUCGAGGCAGAUGUUUCUCGACAGUGGAAUGCUAACAAGCGGACAGUACAAUAACGACUCAGACUACCUUGAAGCUGUAACGCAAGUACGUCACGAGGAACCUUUCGAAUCUGAACUCCUUUCCUCAAUUUUCAUUAAUCGUGCAAAAGGACUUUUCUCGUGCAUGUAUGCACGCCUUUGCACCUUCGCCGAAAAUGAGGCGAAACAACACGCGAGCUGUAUCAUUGUGUGUGAUGCUGUGAAGGAACUCUGCGCCACAACCGCAGUCGAUGUUCUGUGCAACGUCUUCUUCAAGCACACCAUGUUGUCCCUUUUGUCUGAGCUUCUUGUUUCGCAGGACGCUAUACCAAGCGAUGUGUAUGUGUCUCUCGUACAGGCGUGCGCUGCUUGUCUUCAUGAAAGUGACCCUGAUAUCUGUGAGGACGCACACUUGCUAAGCACUUUAGUACAGCAUUCCUGGGGUGUAAUUGUUGCAUGCGCCACCGCUCUGUUUUCUUCCCUUGCUCCAGCCCCUGUUUCACCCUCAUGGCGCUUUUUUCGCACUGACUCUCUUUCUCAGGCAUGUCACGAUCUUAUUUUAACAUGUCGAGAUAUUGUACUCUCAAAUGAGGUCGCUUUCUACAAUACCAUAUUUCACGAGAUUCUCUCCAGCAACAUACAGCUAUUGACUUCCUGUAUCUCCUUGCUGCGCAAUGCACCAAUUUUUGUGGCAGAGCUGAGGGAUUCAGUGUGCUAUUGGCUUGAGUGUUGCAUUGCUCUCUCUUUUUGUGUACCAAAAUGGGUGCUUCGACUUCUCACAGUUGUGCUUGAGGUAGCUACAGUGGGACUGCACAGGCGUCCUCAGCGAGCUGAGACAACACAGUGCCUUCUUCUGUCGGUGGCACGUACGUGCCAUAGGAUGGUGAAACAAGUAAUAAACAUGGAUUUCUUGUUGUGUUGCCAGGAAAUCUGCGAAUUUCUGCUAUUCUUUGUUUUGCAAGAUGCGGAAGACGAGGUAUUUUUGUUUCGUGAACUCAUCGCUAACAACUGGACGUUAGUCCUGGACCUAUUUUCCUUUUGUGAACGAAUUGUCAUCAGGCUGCACAGCGACAACGCCGCUGAUGCUUUUGCUGCAGUUUUGGACGUCCUAUUAGCGUUGUGUGAUAGUGUUUACUCUUCACAGCUCACAUGUGUGAUUCCGCACUGCUCUUUUGAAGCUCUACUUCAAGCCUUGCACAAAACGGCCUAUUUCUCACAAAAGCGCCACUGUCUUCGCGUUAUUUCUCGCAUCCUUGCUGCAUUCGACACCAAUGAGAGCAUAGAGGGAGAAUUGCAUAACUGUUUUUCGGGGAAUAGUAAUGACAUAGAUUUUUUUGAGCGUUUUGAUCGAUUUGUAGAGCUAUGGAAUGCAAGUAGUGCGCAGACGCAAGACCACUUUAAGGCAAUGUUGGGAAGUUCUCAUCGCGUGGAGAAUCUCGUAUGUGCAGCUGCCGUUGAUGAGCAGUGCAUUCCAAAAGCCGUGGAGGCGGCUCUUGUCACCUCGGUGGCUCGCGAAGUACUCAGUGUCUUGCUGCUUAUUGUCAGGGAAGCGAAAGCAGAGACCCUCUCUCCUCUUUUAUUCGUUGUUAGCGACGCAGUAUUUGGAGAGAGCGAUGACCUCCUCAAAGCUAUUAUUUGCAGUUAUCGCUGGGGCUGGUAUGGAGGACAGCAAACGAUUCAAAUGCUAUCAUGUGGUGUUUGGCGGACCUUGAACACCUCACUAAGUCUGCAUCUGAAACUACUAUCCGAGGUUUUCCAGAAAGACAGAUCCGAGUGCGUUCGCUGCGAAAGAUGUUUACGUGUGGCGAAUGAGUGCGCAUCUUCUCUUUCAUUUUGGCAGUUAUGUUUAGGUGAGGCAUCUGCAGAAAUGCUGCCACACGAAACGGAGAAAAGCUUUUCUGCAAUUCGUCUAGCGGAAGUACUGCAACUGCGAAACACAUCGGUGUUGGAGUAUAUUCGCUUGUUUUGUGACCAUGAAAGUAAUAUAGCGACUGCUUUUUGCUUUAGCAAUAUCCGUCUGUUAGGGGCUUUUUUUUCCACCGGGGUUGUCUGUAAAAUGCCCUCAUGGGACCCUUUGCCAUUACUGCGGUUGCUCCACCUUUGUGUCAGGGAUGCUAAAGACUCUCCGGUGGAGUCUGAGCUGAGCGAGUGGUUGCAAUUAAGUUGCUGGCUUCUUUUUGAUCAAGUUCUCCUUUCCAGUGCUCCGCAAACAAUUGACGUUGUGAACGGAAAACAGUCCGCGGAAGCAUUGAUGUCCGUGGAAUUAGCUACAGUUCUUAUUCAGCUAUCUAACCUGUUUUUCUGUUCCACUGCGAAAAGCGUUGAAGAUGUUGCUAUUUGUGUGGUUCGUUAUGCAGUGCGCAACGCUACGGUCUUCACAAUGGGGGAUAUUAGCGAACGUCUUUUUUGGAUGAUUGUGCGCCACUGCAUUUAUGAGGUGUGGACUGCAAUCACAGCGGAAACGGUCGUGCCGAUGCGAGAUCUCGAGAUGGUAGCAUUUCUGUGUCGUGCUCAUGUAAAAGUAGGACUCCCACUCUCCGUUCAGAGAGAGAUCCACGCUCUAUUCACACCACAGCUCCUCUUAUACGGUAAUACAGAGUCCGAGUUCGAGGAUGAUAGCCUUCGGUGUGUUCUCUGGCUUGUCGGCAAUUUCGCAAGCAACGAUGUGCACCCUUCAGUGUAUCGUGGAGCUUCUUCCUUACUGCAUGCAUCGGAGUCGACAGACACUGCUGAUAGUGGCGCCAAACCAUCUGGUAGGCAGAUGUUGAAGUCUCUGCCUGUUGCGGAGCACAACCUCAGCCAAGACGACGCGCGUUCACUUUCCGUAGCUAUUCAUCGCGUUACAGCUCAGCUGGCACAAAGAGUGCUCUCAAAUACUGCUGGUGCUACACCGACCAAUGUUCUUGAUGCUCUUGAUGUUUUGUGCAACCUUGCGCGGCACGCAUCAGCUAAGACUCGCCACCCGGCGCGACUGCUGUCAAACGACGUUGAUCUAGGGCAAGUGUACCGCACUGCAUGCGAUUUCAUGGAGACGUUCCCUCUGCUAUCUGCCGAUGCUUCGCUGGAUCCCCCUUCACAUUGCCUUAAUUAUCUUCUGGGGCAACUACCAAGAGAGAGGCGUACUAACAACAUUCCUGAUGCUUUGUGCCUCAACAUCAUGGUAUCGCUGUUGAGCAUACUGUUGCAGGCGUGGUUACAAGAAAGUGCAGCUGACUCGGCGCCACCAGCUCAGCUUCCGUGUGCGCUCGCCUUGCAUCUCCCCUACCUUUUGCGCAGUGACCUGCCGUCUUAUAUCUGCGCACUGCAGUGCCUUCGCAACUUGUCUGUUCGUGGCGCAGCUCCUGAGGUGAAGGCGAUCUACGACGUUGCGUUGCCGAGACUCAUGGAGGAUUUAGUUGACGCUCGGUGGGGUGCGGUGGUUUCAGGCUGUUGGUACGAGGUGCUCGUUGACUGCCUCGGUUGUGUUCCAGGAGCUCUGCGGGAUGGUGAUCGGCAGCUCUCUCGGCGCAUCUGGGAAGGGCUGUGGCGCGGCGCCGGCUCCAUAGAGCUCAGCUGCAACCAGCACCUCAGCGAACGUGUUCAGCAGUCGCUUCAGCAGGUUAUCAAUGGACUCACUCUCGAAUCUGCGCAGUGGGAGCUCUGCCGCUUGGUUGUGCUUGAUAGCGGUCUGCAGCGUCGGCGUAUGGUAGCGACGCCUGUUGCGACUUCCACAUUCUUGACGGAGCCUAGUGUCGAGGUCUACUUUUGGUUGGCACGGGAACUUCAGGAGCGGACGUGGCGCUCACUUCUUCUGCAGACACAGUCGGCCUUCGUACACCAUGGCGCUGCGGUCCUCAACGCGGACAGCUCCCGAUCUCUCGCGUUCGAAUUUGAAAAAGCAGUUGUACUGGUUCACGAAUCGCCCAACGAGAGGGGUGAGUUUGCAACCGGAAAAGAGGUUGUUUGCAUCGUCGCUGAACGGGUGCGGGAUUCACUUUUCAGCACCACAGACGCUGUACUUGCUGCUCUUAACCGUUUCGAUUUCUCUGGCAUCAUACAGCGUCGCAGUGUUCUACACGAAUUGGCCAAGAUGAUGGUGAGAAGUUCGAAUGUAAGCCAGACAAGCGAUUCGAGUAACCCGUCAUGGGCUGAGGUGUACUUCGACGUUCUUUACGAGCGCGCAGCUUGGCAUGACGAGGGUCUGUGGGUUGCGUGCGCACUGGCGACAACCGCGGCUGGUAAAACUCAGCUGAGCUGGUCAAAGAGGGUGCUGGCGUCGCUGAUUCCUGCUAGUUCAAGUGCUUGGAAACGCGAGCUGAUGCGACGCAUUGCCCAGCGCGCCAAAAUCAGUGGCGCGCAGCAGGAGGCACGACAGUUUUUUGCGGACGCAUCUGAGCGACUGUCGGCCUUGCAAAGGCCUCCUCCGUUGUGGAAGCGCGAACUACUUGCAGCGGUGUUGUUUGUAUUUUCUUCGUGA